AUGCAAGUGGCCGCCACAUCGAAGUGGUCUCGUGUCACUGUCUUCUGUUGUUGGCCGGCUGCCACACGCUCUUCCACAACUCAAUCAAUCAAGGCUAACAUGGAUCGUACAUCAGGCAUCAUCCUUUCCAUCGGCAUUAUUGCUGCCCUCGGCCUCGCCGUAAUCGAGAAUCCGCAGGUGAAAGAAUGGCUUGAACAGCAACGGCGAAAGGUCGCAGAACUGCUUCGGCAAAUCGGCGAGGACCUAGAUCCACAAUCACGGAGGCAAGCAGAGGCCUUUGCCUUUGAGGGCCGAACGAUCGCAGACGAUGAGAAGCUACGGCGCGAGGCUGAGGGCAGCAGGGAGGCUGCGGCUCUGGCAACAGGAAGGUCAUUCUCAAAUGCGAGUACAAUCAGGCGGAUCCCUGUGAAAGGCCCUACAGAUCCCGACGAGGCAGAAGAGCGACGAAGGAAAGGUCGAGAAUAUCUUGCACGACGAAAUCAGCAACUGUACGAUCUCCAGCAGAGACGUAAGGCUGCCGCUAAAGCUGCUGGUGCCGAGAGUCCUCCCACACCCACUUUCGACGAAUUGGUCGACUCACAGGGUAAUUUGAAAGGCUCCACAGUGGUCAAUAAGAGGGAGCUGCCAUUACCGCCGCAGAUGGAGCCCUUGCCGGAACCGGUCGUGGAGGACAUGCGACAAGUUGAACGCCAUCUCGCCCAGCCUAUCGCAGAAUCAAGCUCUGCUGGCGCGAGUGGAUGGUCUUGGGGUUCUUCGCUUGCAAAUCCGUUUGCCGACGAGUAUGCGAUUGACAGAAGCCUUACACCGAAACCGCCCGUGCCACCAAAGAUCGAGCUUGAUCAUGUCGACCCGAUGCCUAUGGAUGACAGAGCACCAGCACCACCCAUACCUGUACCAAGAACCUUUCCGCCUCAGACAACUGAGCACCGGCCAGAGCAGCAGCAUCAGAUUAGUACUGAAGGCUUGUCUUAUGAAGAACAGCUUGCCAUUGCAUUGUCCCUAUCUGAUCAAGAAAGCUCGCCCAGACGACAUCCCGAGCUAGAAGAAGAUGAUGACCUGAGGGCUGCGAUUGCUGCAAGUCUCAAGGACAUGAGCUCCCAACAGCCGGCGCAAGUCACGAUGAAUAACGGAUCUCUUACACCGAGAGCGCUUCCCGCAGACUUGCAGCCACUUGUUGAUCUCACACCCUCAUCGCCUCCUACUGCGCCCAGAUUGCUUCGCGAACAUUGGGUGGAACUAUUCGAUCGACAAUUCUCGCCAUCCAGGGAGCCACUUUCUCUAGCGUCGCAAAGCACUGGUGCCCUCUCUGAAGCGUCCGAUGAACUUUAUAGGAUCACUCCUGAGCUCACCAAAGCACGUCUUGCAAGUCACAAUGCGCAACAGUAUGUGCCCACUCCUUCGUUAGCCGUGAGCUCAUCGUUGCCAUUUGAUCCUGUCCGCGAGGCUGCUGGCCUACAACCUGCUCAGGAUGUUACGGACACCAGUUUCUACUCUGCACCUAGCGAAGUCUCUGCUCCCCCUAGCUCUGCCACCUUCGAUCGGGACACGCCACAGCUCAUUGACGUGUCCGAAGAUGCUCCACAAGAAGGCCAGCGCACACCUACAUCCUACACUCACUCUUCAUUUGGACUUCAGACAGAGUCCGAUUCUGAGACCUGGGCCUCCGCCUCGACCUCGGCCCCGCCAUCACGCACGGCCUCACGAACCGCUUCACCGCCACGCAGUGAGACUUCCGGCAUUGAAGUCAUUGACCUGGUCGAAGAUAGUGAUGUCGAUAUGCUGUCAGAGGAAGGCGAUGGUGUUGCGACGCCUGAUAGCUGGUCGGAAGUAGGCUCGCGUGAUGGAGAGAGUGAUAUGGAGCGCGAUAGCCGGCAUCAGCCAGCCGCUGCAUAA